CUUGUUUUUGUGCUGGAUUGCCGUUUGCGUGUUUCGUAAGUUCCUCAAAAUGCUCUCCCCGGGUGUUAAAGAACGAAUUGGCAUCGUGUUUGAGGUGGUAAAAACCUCUUUUCAUUGGGGAUUCAUUCCAACGCUCUUAUACUUAGGAUUUCGUAAAGGAUCAGAGGCAGGAAUGCCGCCACUAACAGUAGCGAAUUUGUUAUGGUAAAGCACUCGUAAGGAUGGUGCUCAGCUGCGUAACAUAAUCCCGAAUGUAUAUAUUAUGUGGGAAUAAACUUCGUUUGCUGUGCAAAAUGUAAUGUGUUAUUUUGUUCAAACUUAGCAUCUGAAGUGUAAGGAUUGCCUAUGUAUUCGAUGUGAAAAGAAAAAGUCUACGGCCAGGCCGUUUUUAAAAGAAUAAUAAUAACAAAAAGAAAAAGCACAGAUAAAAUUCAACAUAAAUUAAAUUUCAUUGAAUUUCAAUUGUCUACUAGUUAUGACAUAAUUAUAACAGCGAUUGAAUAUACAAUAACA